AUGUCUGAUGCAACCCUUAGCUAUUGAAUGUAACAUUCAGCCGAAUGCAUUCGCGAAAUAUUCAAUAUCCGACGGCCUAUAAAUUAACUGCAUGAUACAAAACGCAGCUAGUUUGUUUUCGUCCAUUGCGGUUGGUUCAUCAUGAAGUGCUUUGUGGCGAUAACGUGCCUUCUGGCUUUGUCUGUCCCGUCUAGAGCUACUGGGUAUGAAGGCCUCGUGUAUGCGCCGGGGCAUGCUUCCGCUGAAUACUAUUCUUACCCCAGCUACGAGUACGAGUACUCCGUGAGGGACCCACACACUGGUGACAACAAGGCCGUUUGGGAAAAGCGAGACGGCGAUGUUGUAAUUGGUGGCUACUCAUUCGUGGAGCCGGGCGGCAGCAUUCGCAUCAUCGAGUAUCGCGCUGAUAAAUCUGGUUUCACUGCGCCAGUUGUCAAGCGAAUCGGCCCCAAGUAUCAUCCUGGCGGUGCCACCUCGACCACCACUAUCUCUAAACCAUCAUCACCGAUCAGGGAAUUGGCCCCAGCGCGUAUAAUUUCAGCUCCCAUAGUUGCUCCUGCGCCUCUGCCCGCGCCUGUGCGCAUUCCGCUGCCCGCGCCCAUCCCUGCUCCGGCGCCCUUGCCGGCGCCCGUGUAUACGCCGUUGCCCGCUCCCAUAUACAGACCAGCGCCCACCCCCGUAUAUACAUCGCUGCCCGCGCCCAGCUAUACGCCAUUGCCUGCGCCCCUGCCAGCGCCCAUAUAUAGACCGGCGCCCCUACCACUGCCUCUACCGAUUUACUCCGCGCCCUACAUCCCCAGACCGAGCUUACCCAUAUCGUUUCUAUCCAGCGGUCACGGCUUAGGGCACGGCUCGCUCGAUUACAACUAUAAUUUGUACAAUUCGCUAAGAUACCACUAAAGAUACUUAUCGCGGAAGCUAUUUGACGUUGACUCGAAAUGCCGCUUACCAUUAAGUACUCUCGCAAUAUGUUAGACUAUAUCGCGAGUUAUAUUUUACAAAUGUUAAUUAAUGUAAGAUAUUUAUGUUUUCUAAUUUAUGACAUUACGGCUGGCAAUACGGACACGAUUAAAGCAAAUGCCACCAUGUGGUAGAUACAUA